AUGUCUUACAUGCUUCCACAUCUGGAUAAUGACUGGCAGGUAGACCAGGCCAUCCUUUUGGAGGAGGACCGUGUGUUCAUCAUUCGUUUCGGACACAACUGGGACCCCACUUGCAUGAAUAUGGACGAGGUUCUCUGUUUUAACAUUAAGAAUUUUGCAGUUAUUUAUCUUGUGGAUAUUAUAGAAGUGCCUGGCUUCAAUAAGAUGUACAAGCUGUAUGACCUCUGCACUGUCAUGUUCUUCAGAAACAAACAUAUCAUGAUUGAUUUGGGCACUGGCAACAACAUCAUCUGGGCCAUGGAAGACAAGAAAGAAAUGGUUGACAUCAUAAACACCAUGUACCUUGGCACCCUCAAAGGCCGGGAUCUGGUGGUGUCUCUCAAGGACUAUUCUACUAAGUACAGAUACUAA